CGAGGCCUCGGCGCGCUCAGUGCGCGCUGAGCCGGUGCGAUGGUGCCGGGGCCUGAAGGCAGCGGCUCCGCGGACUGCUUCCCCGCCCCGCCUUCCAGCUAAUGGGCGCCUGAGAGCCGGGACCCGCCCUGGGUGCGCAGGGCCGAGCCGCACAUUGCCUUCAGGAAAUGGCCUCUUCUAAAUCUUUGCUGAAUCUUCUAACCUUCACAUUUGGAUCAACAAUAGGAUUUUUCACAUGUUACAUGCUAUUUAGCAUAGUGUUGGAAAAACAGGUUGAGAUCCAACCUGAUGUUCUUCACAAUGAUCCCCAUGGUGAACACUCAGAAGAAACUGGAAAUGAUCAGCUGGAAGGACAAAUGAACUUCAAUGCUGAUGCUGGGCAGCAUCAAGAUGAGAACAAAAAUAUUGCAGAAGGACUGUAUCAGAAGGUGAAAAUACUUUGUUGGGUGAUGACUGGGCCUCAGAACCUAGAGAAAAAAGCCAAGCAUGUUAAGGCGACUUGGGCCCAGCGUUGCAAUAAAAUACUAUUUAUGAGCUCUGAGGAGAAUAAAGACUUUCCAACUGUGGGACUAGAAACCAAAGAAGGCAGGGACCAGCUGUACUGGAAAACUAUCAAAGCCUUCCAGUAUGUACAUGAUCAUUAUUUUGACGAUGCUGAUUGGUUUAUGAAAGCAGAUGAUGACACAUAUGUUAUACUGGACAACUUGAGAUGGCUUCUUUCAAAAUACAAUCCUGAACAACCAAUAUACUUUGGAAGAAGGUUUAAGCCUUAUGUAAAACAAGGCUACAUGAGUGGAGGAGCAGGAUAUGUACUGAGCAAAGAAGCUCUAAGGAGAUUUGUUAAUGCAUUUAAAACCAACAAAUGUUCUCAUAGCUCUUCUAUUGAAGACCUAGCACUCGGAAAAUGCAUGGAGAAUAUUAAUGUAGAAGCUGGAGAUUCAAGGGACACAAGUGGUAAAGAAACUUUUCAUCCCUUUGUGCCAGAACAUCACUUAAUCAGAGGAUAUCUACCUAGAACAUUUUGGUACUGGAAUUAUAAUUAUUAUCCUCCGAUAGAGGGUCCUGAAUGCUGCUCUGAUCUGGCAAUUUCAUUCCACUAUGUUGAUUCCACAACUAUGUAUCAGUUGGAAUACUUGAUUUAUCAUCUCCGACCAUAUGGUUACCUAUACAGGUACAAUCCUGACUCACUCAAGAAUCUAGAAGAGCAAAUCAAAAGCAAAGCAGUGGAAAAUGAUGCAGAAAGCUCCUGAAACUGAAUCAGACUUCUCAAUAAUAAGAUGUGGAACAGUGCACUGAAAGAAGUAUCAUGGAGUGAAAAGCAGCUACAUCUAGCUCAUACUGGACUCUGGAAUUGCUAGUACUGUAGUAAUUCUUUUGAAUUUUAAAAGUUCUAUGUUGAGGGUCUUCCUCUUUGACUGCAAACUACAGGUUUCAUUGUGCAGUUCUUAUUCGUGGGGAUAGUGUGACUUUUCCCAUGUUAAGACUGCAGAAUCAGGCCCUAAAGCUUUUACGUGAUCUGUGAAAUCUGUUGAGGUGGCUUUGUUACAAAUUCUUCAUGUUUAUAUUAUUGUAUUAAAACAAAUGGAUGGUGGUGAGGUUCAAGUACAAUUAUACAGUAUUUUCUAGUCAUUAUUUUUCUUUUUGCCCUAGUUUCCAUUAUUUUGGGUAAGUACUAAUGUAGGAAAUCUUGGGCUACAUCAGUCCAUCACUUUGAGAUGGUGAUGAUUACUGGAGAAAUUUGAUAUGAAGUAACUUGGCAGAAAAGAGAGAGAAAUAAGUCUUCAAAACCACUCCUGCCUUAAAAACAGACUUUAAAUUAUUUGAUGUAAUUAGUAAUAUUCUGCCUAUUUAAUGUUGAAAUGUUGGUUUACUUUCGAAUGAAAUGAACUUGUUACUCUUGGCCUCAUCAUAAACUUCCCCUAAGAUACUACUGUCUGUUCCACAAAACCACCACCCAGUUGGCUUGUUCUAAUUGGUGAAAAGCCCAGGAAUAGCAAGGCUAUACAUCUUGAAGUAUGUUGAAGAUGUGUGGAAACUUGCAUACCUGCCCACUCUAUGCCUCUUGGUGUGUACUCCUUGCUUAAAUGGGCACAAAAUUCAUCCAAAAGCUUUUUAAUGUACAUAUGAUAGAAAUAAACCCCUUACAAGUGCAA